AUGGAAAACGCCAGGGGACGGGGCUGUUCGUCUCUACAUGACUAUAUGGAAAAACCGUACAAACGCGUGUCUUUCCACCCAAAACCAACAGUGCCCAAACGCGUGUCUUUCUACCCAAAACCAACAGUGUACAAACGCGUGUCUUUCCAACCCAAACCAACAGCGUACAAACGCGUGUCCUUCCACCCCAAACCAACAGUGCCCAAACGCGUGUCUUUCUACCCAAAACCAACAGUGUACAAACGCGUGUCACUCCACCCCAAACCAACAGUGUACAAGCGCGUGUCUUUCCACCCCUUACCAACAGCGUACAAACGCGUGUCUUUCCACCCAAAACCAACAGUGCCCAAACGCGUGUCUUUCUACCCAAAACCAACAGUCGUACAAACGCAUGUCUUUCCACCCAUUUACCAACAGAGUACAAACGCGUGUCUUUCCACCUCUAAUCAACAGCGUACAAACGCGUGUCUUUCCAUCCCUAACCAACAGGGUACAAACGCGUGUCUUUCCACCCCUAACCAACAGUGCGCAAAAGCUUGUCUUUCCACCACUAACCAGCAGUGUACAAACGCGUGUCUUUCCAACCUGAACCAACAGUGUACAAACGUGUGUCUUUCCACCCCUAACCAACAGUGUACAAACGCGUGUCUUUCCACCCCUAACCAACAGUGUACAAACGCGUGUCUUUCCAUCCCUAACCAACAGGGUACAAACGCGUGUCUUUCCACCCCUAACCAACAGUGCGCAAAAGCUUGUCUUUCCACCACUAACCAGCAGUGUACAAACGCGUGUCUUUCCAACCUGAACCAACAGUGUACAAACGUGUGUCUUUCCACCCCUAACCAACAGUGUACAAACGCGUGUCUUUCCAUCCCUAAUCAACAGUGCCCAAACGCGUGUCUUUCCACCCAAAACCAACAGCGUACAAUCACGUGUCUUUCCAUCCCUAACCAACAGUGUACAAACGCGUGUCUUUCCACCCCUAACCAACAGUGUACAAACGCGUGUCUUUCCACCCCUAACCAACAGUGUACAAACGCUUGUCUUUCCAUCCCUAAUCAACAGUGCCCAAACGCGUGUCUUUCCACCCAAAACCAACAGCGUACAAUCACGUGUCUUUCCAUCCCUAACCAACAAUGUACAAACGCGUGUCUUUCCACCCCAAACCAACAGUGUACAAACGCGUGUCUUUCCACCCCUUACCAACAGAGUACAAACGCGUGUCUUCCACCCCUAACCAACAGUGUACAAACGCGUGUCUAUCCACCUCUAACCAACAGAGUACAGAGUACAAACGCGUGUCUUUCCACCCCUAACCAACAGAGUACAAACGCGUAUCUUUCCACCACUAACCAACAAAGUACAAACGCGUGUCUUUCCACCCCUAACCAACAGUGCCCAAACGCGUGUCUUUCCACCAAUAACCAAAAGUGUACAAACGCGUGUCUUUCAAACCUGAACCAACAGUGUACAAACGUGUGUCUUUCCACCCCUAACCAACAUUGUACAAACGUGUGUCUUUCCACCUCUAACCAACAGUGUACAAACGUGUGUCUUUCCACCCCUAACCAACAGUGUACAAACGCGUGUCUUUCCACCCCUAACCAACAUAGUACAAACACGUGUCUUUCCACCACUAACCAACAGAGUACAAACGCGUGUCUUUCCACCCCUAAUCAACAGAGUACAAACGCGUGUCUUUCCACCCCUAAGCAACAGUGUACAAACGCGUGUCUUUCCAUCCCUAACCAACAGCGUACAAACGCGUGUCUUUCCACCCCUAACCAACAGCGUACAAACGCGUGUCUUUCCACCCCUAACCAACAGUGUACAAACGUGUGUCUUUCCACCCCUAACCAACAGUGUACAAACGUGUGUCUUUCCAACCUGAACCAACAGUGUACAAACGUGUGUCUUUCCACCCCUAACCAACAAUGUACAAAAGCGUGUCUUUCUAACCUGAACCAACCGUGUACAAACGCGUGUCUUUCCACCCAAAACCAACAGUGCACAAACGUGUGUCUUUCCAACCCUAACCAACAGUGUACAAACGCGUGUCUUUCCACCCCUAACCAACAGUGUACAAACGCGUGUCUUUCCAACCUGAACCAACAGUGUACAAACGCGUGUCUUUCCACCCCUAACCAACAGAGCACAAACGCGUGUCUUUCCACCCCUAACCAACAGUGUACAAACGCGUGUCUUUCCACCCCUAACCAACAGUGUACAAACUGUUCAAACGCGUGUCUUUCCAACCUGAACCUACAGUGUUCAAACGCGUGUCUUUCCACCCCUAACCAACAUAAUUCAAACGCGUGUCUUUCCACCCCUAACCAACAGUGUAUAGACGCGUGUCUUUCCAUCCCAAACCGUCAACCCCAAACCAACAGUGUUCAAACACAGCCUUUCAACCCCAAACCAACAGAGUUCAAACAUAUGCCUUUCAACCCCAAACCAACAGAGUUCAAACAUAUGCCUUUCAACCCCAAACCAACAGAGUUCAAACAUAUGCCUUUCAACCCCAAACCAACAGAGUUCAAACAUAUGCCUUUAAACCCCAAACCAACAGAGUUCAAACAUAUGCCUUUCAACCCCAAACCAGCAGAGUUCAAACAUAUGCCUUUCCACCCCAAACCAACAGUGUACAAACGUUUGCCUUUCCACCCCAAAACAACAGAGUUCAAACAUAUGCCUUUCCAUCCCAAACCAACCGUGUACAAACGUUUGCCUUUCCACCCCAAAACAUUAGUGUACACACGUUGCCUUUCCACCCCAAAGCAACAGUGUACACACGUUGCCUUUCCACCCCAAAACAACUUUGUACACACGUUGCCUUUCCAUCCCAUAACAACAGUGUACAAACGUUUGCCUUUCCACCCCAAAACAACAGUGUACAAACGUUUGCCUUUCAACCCCAAAACAACAGUGUUCAAACGUUUGCCUUUCCACCCCAAACCAACAGAGUUCAAACGUUUGCCUUUCCACCCCAAAACAACAGUGUACAAACGUUUGCCUUUCCACCCCAAACCAACAGAGUACACACGUUUUCCUUUCCACUCAUAA